GUCUUUAUCUCAAAAUUUAUGGAAGAACAAAUCUUUAACUCAAGAAAGAAUGAGGCGCAAGAGCAAAACCCUCAAACUUGUUCCGAUUCGCAUUAAAAAAAACCCUAAUUAAUCCCAAAUUCUUUACUUUACCCACAAUUCAAUCACUUUAAAAAUAUCCUUAGAGAUUUCUCGUUUCUCUUUUCUGCUUUUCCCCACAAAAUCGGCAAAUUGAUAAACCCCGAAAAUCCCCCAAAUUCCCAGAAUUCUUCAAACCCCGAACAUGACCGACCCCACCCGACCCGUCACGGGCUACCCGGCCCCGCCCUACGCCCAGCCCAACGGCGGCUACCCAUACUCUGCCAACCCCACCCAAACCCAACCCCGAGGCCCCUACUCCAACGCCUACAACCCACGAGCCGCCUUCAUCCGUCGCUUCGUCGGCGCCAUGAUCGCCCUCUUCGUCAUUGUCGGCUGCAUCCUCCUCGUCGUCUGGCUCAUCCUCCGCCCCAAGGUCCCCGACUUCCGAGUCGACUCGCUUUCUCUCUCCAACUUCAACGUCUCCUCCGCCUCGCAGUCCGUGACCGGCACGUGGUCCGUCGGCUUCAUGGUCUACAACCCCAACAAGAAGCUCAGUAUACGAUACGACGACGUCGAGUCCUCUAUCUACUACGGCCCCGGCUUCAUUUCGGGGACUCGGGUUCCACCGUUCGCUCAGGGGACUAAGGAUCGGACUUCUGUCAACGCGACUUUCUCGGCGGCGAAUUCGUUCGUUGGCGCUUCGGUGGCGCGCGGCAUCGACGAGGCCAGGGCACGUGGGAGCAUGAGCUUCAACGUGAAGCUUUUGGCUAGGGUUGAGUUUCGGAGAGGUUGGUGGAGGCUGAGGCGGCGGCUCUUGAGGGUUUUGUGCAGUGGCGUGGCGGUUUCUCUUUCGUCGAAAGGCGGAUUGAGUAGUUUGGCCGGCGGGUCAAGAGAUUGCCAGGUUGUUGUUUGAGGUGGGAGCAAUGCGUCUGGUGCAAAUGAGGUCAAGUAGAGCUCAUUCGCCUUUAAUGGCUCUCGGUGUUUAUUGAUGGAGGGUUGCUUAUCCUAGAGGAUUUGAAAAUGGAUGGAGGCAACAUUAUUUAGAAAGAAACAGAGUAGUUGCUUAGAAAAUCUGUCUCAUGCUUGUUUUGGCUUUGGUUAUUAACCUCGUUGAAUCCACCUUAUGAGUGGUUGUUUAGAACAUCUAUAGGCUUUGCCGAUCCUAGUGGAUUUGAAGAUGGUUGGGAUAUAUGUUCAAAAAUCAAGAGCUUUUUUUAGGGUUGAGGAUGGGAUCAAUGAUCUAAUAACAGAGUUGUGUAUAGAAUGUGUGUAACUUUUAGUUUUAACAGCAAUGUCUUCUACUUCUGUGAUGUGUGUUAUCUAUGUCAGAAGAGAAGAUUAUACCACUCUACCACUUAUCAGAUUGGUUUAGUUGCAGUUUUUUUCUUUUAAUUUAUUUGUUAAUCAAGUUUGUCUGCCAUAUUCCUAUGUUAAGAAUUUAGAAUUUAGUGAAACUGGCACUUCCCUUUGGAAGGUCUCCACGGUCGGCCAACGUGGAUUGUGCAGCUUAGGCUAAUGUUUUUUAAGCUUUUUCUUUGUUCCUGUCUGUGGUUCAGUCGUGUAGUUUGCACUUUUCAAUCUUUUAGCCCAAAUUGCUGGCUCCAUUAAGCUCUAGUUCACAAAAGGGGUAUGGUAUUUCCACAUCAGAGUUGCAUCAGAUUUCAGCCCUAGAAAUUAAGGAGGUUAGGGACUUGCACUAAGGUUUUUGAGUUUGAGUUUGAGUUUCACUUUGGUCCAAAUCCAAGUCUGUAGCUUUGCUCUGAGUCUGUAAACUCUUACAUAUGGUUUAGUCAUUGUCGGUAGAACUGGAUUCUAAUUCAGAUAUGGAGAUUAUUUGACGUA